AUGACUGGUCCGAAAGAAUCGCCAAAUCUUGCUCCUGUGGGCUGGGACUAUGACCGGAACCACAAUGGCACCGAGUUGUCUGAUAUGUCCGAGCAAGAGCCCAAGCUGAAGGACUUCGACAUCGAGAGCCAGCCCCGCCGCGGCUCGCAGCAUAAUGUCACUGCCAUCGACUCAUUGUCGAUGAAGGAAAGUAUCGGUCGUCAGAUUGACAUCGAGUCGGAGAACACAAUUAAAUACCGGACGUGCAGUUGGCAAAAGACCGCUGCAUUGCUCUUCUCGGAGUAUAUCUGUCUGGCUAUUAUGUCCUUUCCCUGGUCAUACUCAAUUCUGGGUCUGGUUCCCGGUUUGAUCCUGACCGUGGUUAUUGCCGCCAUUGUCCUGUACACUUCAUUGAUUACCUGGAGAUUCUGUCUGCGACACCCGGAAGUCCGCGAUGUUUGCGACAUCGGUCAGUAUCUGUUCUGGGACUCCAAGAUUGCGUGGUGGGCCACAGCAUUCAUGUUCCUCCUGAACAACACUUUCAUUCAGGGCCUGCACUGUGUGGUGGGUGCCGAGUACUUGAACACGAUGUCAAACGGUGCAGUAUGCACAAUUGUCUUCUCAAUAAUCGUCGCCAUCAUUUCCUGGUGUUUCUCGCUGCCCCGCACAUUCGACACGUUAUCCAAAGUCGCAACCCUCUCAGCAUUUUUUACCUUCGUCUCCGUCGUCCUGGCUGCCGUAUUUGCUGGUGUCGAAGACCAUCCGGCAGGAUACACGCCCGCACUGGGAGACCCCACCGUGCUUGCCGUCCCGCUCAAGGGCACAACAUUUAUCCAAGGCAUGAAUGCCUUUUUGAACAUUAGCUACACCUUCAUCGGCCAAAUCACCCUCCCCAGUUUCAUUGCCGAGAUGAAAGAGCCCCGCGACUUCUGGAAGUCAGUAACAGCCGUGACAAUCGCGGAGAUCAUCGUCUUCAGCGUCAUCGGUGCAGUCACAUACGUCUACGUCGGCAACCAAUACAUGGUUGCGCCGGCCUUCGGUUCCCUCGGCGACGACGUUUACAAGAAGGUCUCCUUCUCUUUCAUGAUACCGACCAUCAUUUUCCUGGGCGUGCUGUACGCCUCCGUCUCGGCCCGUUUCAUCUUCUUCCGCCUAUUCGAGGGCACCCGGCACAAGGGCAACAACACCGUCAUUGGCUGGGCUGCUUGGGGUGGAAUCCUUGCUGCGCUUUGGGUCGCAGCCUUUAUCAUUGCCGAAGUCAUUCCCUUCUUCUCCGACUUGUUGUCCAUUAUGAGCGCCCUCUUUGACUCUUUCUUCGGCUUCAUUUUUUGGGGUACCGCUUAUAUCCGCAUGCGCUCGGAGGAUUACGGACCCCGUUUCUUUAUGGUUCGUGGAAUUCGAGGCUGGCUCGGAUUCAUUUUUAACGUCUUUUUGAUUGUUGUUGGUUUCUUCUUCUUGGGACCUGGGACAUACGCUGCUGUUAUGUCCGUCGUCACCAGCUACGAUGAGGGCACUGUUCGCGGCGUUUUCACGUGUGCCAGCAAUGGACUAUAA